UAUUCUACCUCACACAUAGAUAUCCCUCUCCUCUCUCACUGUUUUUCUCUUGGGUCUAUUUCUUUUCCCUUCUUCUUCUUCUUCUUCUUCACCACCUUGUCUGAAUUUCAACACCCAAACGAUAAACAAAAAAAAAGCUUUUUUUUUUUCUUUUUUUUCUUUUUUUUUUUUGUUUACUCCCUGGAAUCUGGGCUCAAGAUCCAUAUCAUCUACUUGAACCCAGUACUUUCUAAGCUGUUUAGAUAUGGCUACCACAUACAAACCGAAGAACAUCCUCAUUACUGGAGCUGCUGGCUUCAUUGCAUCCCAUGUUUGCAACCGGCUAAUAAGAAACUACCCUGAGUACAAGAUUGUUGUCCUUGACAAGCUUGACUACUGUUCAAAUUUGAAGAACCUCCUUCCUUCCCGGUCAUCCCCCAACUUCAAGUUCAUCAAGGGAGACAUCGGUAGUGCUGACUUGGUCAACUUCAUUCUUCUCACUGAAUCUAUUGAUACUAUAAUGCAUUUUGCAGCACAGACCCAUGUCGACAACUCCUUUGGUAACAGCUUUGAAUUUACCAAAAACAAUAUAUAUGGCACCCAUGUCCUUUUAGAAGCCUGCAAGACCACAGGCCAGAUUAGAAGGUUUAUCCAUGUGAGCACAGAUGAAGUCUAUGGGGAGACAGAUGAAGAUGCUGUGGUUGGAAACCAUGAGGCUUCGCAGCUCCUUCCCACAAACCCAUAUUCUGCUACAAAAGCUGGGGCUGAAAUGCUCGUUAUGGCAUAUGGGCGGUCAUAUGGAUUGCCUGUGAUAACUACCAGAGGGAACAAUGUGUAUGGGCCCAAUCAGUUCCCUGAGAAGCUGAUUCCAAAGUUCAUUCUGUUGGCUAUGAAAGGAAAACAUCUUCCAAUUCAUGGUGAUGGAUCAAAUGUCAGGAGCUAUCUCUAUUGCGAAGAUGUUGCAGAGGCAUUUGAAGUCAUUCUUCACAAGGGUGAGGUAGGCCAUGUCUACAACAUUGGGACAAAGAAAGAAAGGAGGGUGAUUGAUGUGGCCAGGGAAAUUUGCAAACUCUUCUCAUUGAACCCGGAUUCACAAAUUAAGUUUGUAGAGAAUAGACCAUUUAAUGACCAGAGAUAUUUCUUGGAUGAUCAAAAGCUCAAAAACUUGGGUUGGUCUGAAGGAACUACUUGGGAGGAGGGUCUAAAGAAGACAAUGGAAUGGUAUGUCAGGAAUCCUGAUUGGUGGGGGGAUGUUUCUGGAGCAUUGCUUCCUCAUCCAAGAAUGCUUAUGUUGCCUGGAAUCGAAAGGAAAUUUGAUGGGCCUGAAGGUAAUGAUGCCACUUCCUCACCUGAAGUAGGCAAUUCUAGUCAGAGUCGUAUGGUUGUUCCACCUCCAAGGAACAAUGCACCUGCUCAGAAGUCAUCUUUAAAGUUUCUGAUUUAUGGCAGAACAGGGUGGAUUGGAGGCCUCCUUGGGAAAAUUUGUGAGAAGCAAGGGAUUCCUUAUGAGUACGGAAAAGGACGAUUGGAGGAACGCUCACAGCUCUUGGCAGAUAUUCGGACUAUCAAACCAACCCAUGUUUUCAAUGCUGCUGGUGUGACUGGCAGGCCAAAUGUGGAUUGGUGUGAAACUCAUAAGCCUGAAACAAUUCGGACCAAUGUUGUUGGUACCUUAACCCUGGCAGAUGUCUGCAGAGAGAAUGGCCUCCUAGUGAUAAAUUAUGCCACCGGUUGUAUUUUUGAGUAUGACGAUGCUCACCCAUUGGGGUCAGGAAUUGGGUACAAGGAGGAGGAUACACCUAAUUUCACUGGGUCAUUUUACUCUAAAACCAAAGCCAUGGUGGAAGAACUUCUGAAGGAAUAUGACAAUGUGUGCACCCUUAGAGUUCGGAUGCCAAUAUCAUCUGACCUAAGCAACCCACGCAACUUUAUCACAAAAAUCUCACGCUAUAACAAGGUGGUUAACAUUCCAAACAGCAUGACAAUCUUGGACGAGCUUCUACCUAUUUCAGUUGAGAUGGCCAAGAGGAAUUGCAGGGGCAUUUGGAACUUCACAAAUCCUGGUGUUGUGAGUCACAACGAAAUUCUGGAGAUGUAUAAGAAUUAUAUUGAUCCCAGCUUCAAGUGGACUAAUUUUACAUUGGAAGAACAAGCCAAGGUAAUUGUUGCCCCACGAAGCAACAACGAAAUGGAUGCAUCGAAGCUGAAGAAGGAAUUCCCCGAGUUGUUAUCAAUUAAGGAAUCACUGAUCAAGUAUGUCUUUGAACCCAACAAGAAAAGCUUUGCUGGAAAGGCCAUUUAAUUGGGCAUGUCAUGAAGGGGACCUCAUUACCAUUAUCUGCUAAAGAAAAUUUUCUGGGUUAGGGGGGUCUCAAUUUCUAUAUUAUUGUUGUCAUUUUUAUUCAUUAUUUAUCAGUCUGUUCGGUUACUUCUUAUGCUAGCGGGGAUCAUUCCACAAGGUGGUAUAGUUCUUUUUUUUUUCUUUUUUGUGGGGGGGGGG